CCUUCAUAGGUACAGCGCCAUCUUUCGAGUAGGAGUGUUUCUUGACACCUUUUUACUAGAAUGGGGAAACGAUAUUAUUGUGAUUUUUGUGACAAAUCUUUUGCCGAUAAUCCUACCAAUAGGAAGAACCAUUUGAAAGGUGUCAGUCAUCAAAGAAUGAGAAAGUUACAUUACAGUUUUUUCAAAGAUCCCAGUUCACUCCUUGCUGAAGAAUCAACGAAAAAGCCAUGCAGAACAAUGAUGACAAGUGGUGAAUGUCCUUUUGGGGAAGGCUGCAAGUACUCCCACCUUACUGAAGAUAGGAAAAAGCAAUUGGAGCAGCAAAUAUUGCAAGAAAAAGCUGAAUCUGUGAGAAAGAAACGGAAAUUAGAAGAAAACCCUCCAUCUAUAGAAGACUGGCUGGCAAAAAGGGCUAAGGCAAAGAAACCAGAAUCCCCAAGGACAGAAUUAAAACCAAAUCUGGCCCAGCUAGCUUUUAGUCUACCACCAACAUUAUUAGGUGUAACAAAUCUGCCUCCUUCAUUACUUCCUCCACCUCCACAUGUAUGGUGUAGUAUAAACCUUGAACAAGAAGAGUGGGGUUGAAAGGAUAUUUGACAAAAAAGUGAGAAUCAUGAAUUUAGGUUUUACCCAACCUGAUGGCAUUAUUGGCUCAUUUGAGAUAAGUCAACAGUUCAACGAGAUCACUCAUUCCAUCUGGACUGAUUGGGAUCUCCUUCUAAAAUAACCAGAGACUGAUUAAAGCCAAUUUGGCCAACUAGUAUGAUAUGUUAAAUAGCAUGUGAGCAGUGUUUUUGUGCUCUGUUAGUGGUGCAGCAGAUGAUUUGAAUACAUUUCUAAUACAAGGAAGUGUAUCUGACUCUUUUGUUACAUUUUGAAAAACAAGUCUAUAGCAAUAAAGGUUCUAAGCUGAAAGUUUCAAGUUUGUAAACAAGCAAAUUUUCCUUUCUUGAUUGUUUUAUAUUUUCAUACCCUUUAACUUGUCUUUAUUGUAUAAUAUAAAAAUGUGUUAAUAUGAUAUGAAAUACUACUUCAAUCAGUUAUGGG